ACUAUGUCAAAUUUGACAAAAGGAGAUAACUGGAAAAGACAUAGACGUGAUAAUGAUGGUGCUUCAUCUAGCUGGAAUACCAAUAGGUUCAGGAAGCCUAUGCCACCACGAGGGCUAAGAGGUCGGGAGAUUGGUUUAUUCUACCGAGAUUUACAAAAAAAGAACGGAAAGGCCGAUAAAGUCAAAGCGAUAACUCUUAGAAUACCUAAACCUGUAAUUACCAAAUUAAUAAAAGAUCUAGAAUCUAUAGCAAUAAUAGCUGUGAAGAAUAAUAUAAGAAUAUGCCCAAAAAUGAUCUCAGUACUAUAUCCAGAAAAAAAUGAUAGUACAAAAGUUAUUAAAACAGUAAGCCUUGAUGAUGCUGAAGUCAUAGAACCAUCUCUAAAACUUACAAAAACUGAUCCAUUCGCAAGUGAUGCAGGACCAUCACAAGCUCCUGAUUUCAUAUCAGUAAAACAAUCAGAAGAACUUCUAGAAUACGGAACAGGAAAUCGAAUUUUAUCACUUAGGGGUGCUGGUGACUUUAAAUAUGGAUACAUUGACAUCAUAACUGGUACUUUUAAUGAAAAAUUAGAAGAAUGUUUAUCCAAAGGUAUCAAUAUAACAAAAUCAAAUGAUGAUAUAGCCAAUUUAAAUAUUAUUUAUUAUGAAGAGCAUAUGGAUAGACUUAUGAAAUCACAAUAUCUCAAAAUGAAGAAAUUCAGAGAGACACUGCCAACUUAUAAAAAGUCUGAACAACUAUUAAGUAUUUUAAAUAAUAAUCAAGUAGUAGUAAUCAGUGGUGAAACUGGUUGUGGGAAAUCAACGCAGGUUCCUCAAAUAAUACUAGAUGAUGCUAUCAUGAACAAGAAAGGAGCAAAUGUAAAACUGUUAAUCACACAACCAAGACGUAUUGCAGCUUCCUCGCUAGCUGCACGAGUUGCCAGUGAGAGAGCAGAAGCCAUGGGUGUUUCCGUAGGAUAUGCCGUGAGAUUAGAAAAAGUAGAUGCGAGAGCCCGUGGUAGUAUGAUGUUUUGUACCACCGGUGUGUUGUUGGUUGAUUUAGAGGUUAACCAAAGUUUGUCAGACUACAGUCAUAUAAUAUUAGAUGAGGUCCAUGAAAGAGACUGCCACAUAGACUUUGCUAUGUGUAUGUUGAAACAGGUGCUACAAAAGCGGAAGGAUAUGAAACUAAUAUUAAUGAGUGCCACAAUAGAUGCAGAUAAACUCUCUACAUAUUUUAAUAACUGUCCAAUGAUGCACAUUGAAGGAUUAGCUUACCCAGUGAAAGAUAUAUACCUUGAAGAAAUACUACAUUUAACAAAAUUCCAACUGAAAGAAUCUCAACAACCCAAAGGUGGUGGUCAAAGGCCAUUUAAACAUGGAGGAUGGAGGAAUAGGGGUGCAGCAGCAACUGAAAUGGAGAAAGCUAUUAAGUAUAGAGCUGAAAUAGCACCAUGGUUGGAAUCCAAAAAGAAAAAUCUUGACCGAGUUGUAUACCAAACACUACAAGAUCAUAGAAUAGAGGAAUUAAACAUAGAUUUAAUAUUUGAAGUAAUAAAAUAUAUUUGCCGUGGCCCACCUGGCGCCAUAUUAGUGUUUCUUCCCGGCAUUGGUGAAAUAACAAAACUACUAAGAGUUAUACAAGAUAAUGAAUCAUAUCUUGGCACAAAAUGUGAAGUGCAUCCGUUGCAUUCAAAACUACCAUCUUUAGAACAAAACAGAAUAUUUGAGACACCUCCUAGUCAUAUAAGAAAAAUCAUAGUGGCUACCAACAUAGCAGAGACUUCCAUAACAAUAGAUGACAUUGUCUAUGUGAUUGACUGCGGUAAAAUAAAGUAUAGUGGAUUGAAUGUAGAACACUAUUUUACGACACUCAAGACUGAAUGGGUUUCCCAAGCAAAUUUACGGCAAAGGCGCGGUCGCGCCGGUCGAUGCCAGCCCGGCAUAUGCUACCACCUGGUGUCGUCAUAUCGAGCGAGCGUACUCGAAGAGCGCUUACUGCCCGAACUGCAGAGAAGCAAUCUGUUAGAACCGGUGCUUACUAUAAAGAGGCUCAGGCUAGGCAAAGCGGCGGACGCUUUGCAGAAUGUCCCGGAUUCUCCUUCGGAAGCCACUAUUGAGCGAGCAGUUACGCACCUGCAACGGUGUGGAGCAUUAGAUGAUAAUGAAACCUUAACACCUUUGGGUUGGCAUCUGGCAAGAUUGCCGCUGCAUCCAGCAGCCGGUAAACUUGUAUUAUUCGGAGCCCUAUUUGGAUGCCUCGAUAGGGCUGCCAGUGUCGCAGCUGUAUGGAGCUUCAAGGACCCGUUCCUUCUAAUCAUAGACAAGGAGGACGAAGUUAAAGCGGCUAAACGUCGAUUGGCGCUCGGUGAGCCAAGUGACCAAGUCGCUGUAUCGGAAGCGUUAAUCCAAUGGGAACGUUGCGCUCCACACAAAAGACGAAACUAUGCUUACGCAAACUUUCUGUCCUCAAAUACUAUGGAACUGCUUUCCGAUAUGAAGAACCAGAUAGGAGAUAACUUGAGACAGAUGGGCUUCUUGAACUCUGGUAGCCUGCAAUCAGCUUGGGAGAAUAGGAAUGCCGACAAAUUGAGCUUGUUCAAGGCGGUUGUCGCUGCCUCUUUGUACCCUAACAUCGCUACGGCUAGAUGGACAAACUCUCGAAAUCCAAACAAACAAAACAGAGUUAAAGUCCGAACGCCUGAGGGUAAUAUAACAAUCCACCCCAGUAGCAUAAUGUGCCCUCCCAAAAGUAGAGAACCAGUCAGAUUAUGCUCAAAUCCCGGAGCCAACUGGUUGGUGUAUUGGCUCAAACAGAAGUCGUCAGAUCUCUUCGUGAUCGAUGUCACCCUGGUAUAUACGUUACCGCUACUGUUCUUCGGCGAGUUGAAGGUGUCUGAAUGUGAAGAAGACCCGAUGAUGUGCAACGUAUCUAUAUGGACAUACAAAGUUCAAAUACUAAAGGAGACUGCAGAGUUACUUUUAGAACUACGUAACUUGUUAGACCAAGUGCUAGCUUCAAAGAUUAUGGUAUCCAGUAACCAUGCUACACAACACUCAGAAUUCGAAGAACGAGUCUUGAGCGCUGUAAUCACAGUAAUAACUGCAGAAGACGAACGAGUCGAAUAUAUAGAUGGCGGAUCAGAGUCUGAUGUCUCGGAAAACUAA